UACAGUUAAUGAUGAACAGGGAGGAACUAAUCCUCAACAGGACACUUCAACACAUCAAGAAGAAAUUGAAAUUUCACCUUGGAUUGCUGAAAAUCUCAUCAUUAUGGAAGUUUUCAAUGAACGUAGUUGGAUAGACUGUCCGAAGGAGGUGAUCUUUCAAUCGGUCCGAAGUUGUCCAGCUUUGGAAGAAAUCAUCAUCGAAAAGAAAAGGGAUCCAAUUUCCAAACUGAUAACUGGUGAAGCUCUUAUUGACAGACGAGUGGUUGGCAGAGCAACCUCAUAUAUCGAGAAGUUGGUGAAAGAAAGGGCCGCUGAAGAUGCUUUGAAAAAUCUAAGGAAGUAUUGCCCUUUUAUUGAGAUAAAAAAAGAUUACUCUGGAUUAGAUGGUGGUGUGCCACAGUUUAUAUCCAAAGGAUACAAGAGCAAAGAGAACAUCUAUAGGAUUGUAGAUCCCAGUGAAGCAAGCAAUGAAUUUGAGCUGAAAAAACUGUUCAGUCAUUUCUGGAACAGCUCCGUUGAAGAUUUGUUUUUUCUGGACAACUUUACUGUGUCAGAGAGACAUCUAGUUUUGCAGUUGAGUAAGGAGCAUGGUUUCUUGGCAAGACAUUUUGGCCACAACUCUAUUUGUAUAUACAAGAAAAAAACGCCCCAAGAAAUUUAUAGCAAGUUGAUGGAUAGGAACAGCAAAGAAAAUGAGAAAUACAAAUUACACCUUCCAAAAGAAAAGCUGAAGCCUCCAGUAACUGGUGAAAGUCACACACAAGGUGAAGCUAACAGGAGAGACUUGCAAAGUCUGUUUGAUUUGAAACAAUCUGAUAAUGAAUUCUCUGGAGAAAAUUCAUCCACUCAACUAUCAUUAACACCUCAAUCACGAAUACCUCCAUUCAAACCUAAUAAAAAUAUGACUAUUAUCAACCAGAAUUCACCAUCUGAAAGAUUAGAGACUGUGCCAAGUACAUUUAGUGAAAGAGAACCAGUAAAUAGUGAAAUGGGAAACCCAAAUGAAAGAAUUGAAAUCUCCACCGAAGUAUCAAGAAAUGCUGAAGGAGAGUUAUGGCAGAGACGGAAGUAUAGUUAUCAAGACAAACGGACGUAUAGUGCAGCGGGUUUUGAUGAUGGUGCAGAAUGUUUACCACCCAAAUUAAGUCACAAAUCUAAAGAUGUCAGAGAUUCCAUGCAACUGAGAAAUCAGAUUAAAUUUGAGGGCGAACAAAGAUGGCAGGAAACAGAACUUAAUUUGUCCACACGUCUUGAUAACAGUUCAAGUUUUUCCAACUCAGGAACAAAAAAAGAAGACUCAAAUCUUGACAGCAAUACAUUAUAUAACAGUGAAGUAGAUGUUUGGAUGGAAACUGAAUCACCUAUGCCCUCUCUAUCGAGCAUUUCAACAGAAAGUCGAAAGAUUGCUCAACCAGUGAAUCCUGUUAAAGAGUUAUUUAAGAAUACUAACCCUGAACCACAAUUUAUUAAAAUGGGCAAGACUUCCAGAUAUCUAGAAGGAACCGAAGGAUGUCUCAACCAGAGUAUAGAAGAAGUAUCUGCAAAUAAUCGAAUUUCCAGUGACUUGGGUUUGACAGAAUCUAGUCAUCAGCAUACUAAUAACGUGCAAUCAUUCAACCAACAAUCUAAUUGUUCUAAUCAAGAUAAAGCAUUGGAUUUAAAUAGCAUAAUUCAACAGAUGGAAAAACAGUUAAAGGAAAGUAGCUCACAAUUUAAAAGCUCAAGCCAAUUUAAUAAGGUUGAAAAACAGUUUGGUAAAGAAGCACAAACUUUCUUAUCAGUGGAAAACAGGAUAGACAGAGAAUCAGCAGGGGUUAAUCGUUCUUCUAGAGAACCCAGUAGGACCCAGAACAAACCACACAACACAGAAAAAUAUGUUGGAAAACCAACCACCAGUUUUAUCCCAUCCAUUUGUUAA